AUGGCUGCACAUGGAAUGGCUGAGCGUGGUCGCGUGUCUUCUCUCAUGGAUGCAGUCGGCGGUGUGCUCGAUGCUCCACUACCCGACGUGGACCACAAGCGGUUCUUCACGGCAUGGAGGAACGCUCUGUCCUUAUCACGCCACCAAGUGUGGGCAGAUCAAACGUCGUGGCAGUUCGACGAGACGGAGGUGAACGCCCACUACACAAAGAAUUUGAACAUCGUAAUCAUACCGACGGCGAUACUGCAGCAGCCUCUCUUUUUCUUCGACAGUCCACCCGCCCUGAACUAUGGCGGAAUUGGGACGAUAAUGGCCCACGAAAUAAUGCAUGGAUACGACGCCGAUGGCACUAAUUACGACCGAAACGGAAAUUUUAAACCUUGGGGAACGGAGGAGUUCGCAGUAGCAUACAGGAAAAAAACGGACUGCAUACGACGCUCACAUGAAUCUGUCGGAAGCAUGAUGCCCCCGCAGGAGAAACUGGCCGACACGAUGAAGUCGGAGAACUUGGCCGACUUUGUGGGCACCAUGACUGCGUACAAGGCUUACUAUUUGUUGCCAGGUCACAAGCGGAAGAUGCAGCUGCCCGGCCUCAACAUAACGGCCGAACGUCUCUUCUUUAUCAACAGCUGCGUCAAAUUGUGCGAAAAAAAUCCCAUGGCGGCGCAGCGGUACGCGUCAUCCAUUUCGCGCUGCAACGUGCCGCUCAUGAACAUGCCCGAAUUUGCGACCGCGUUCGGCUGCGCAAUUGGGACCCCCAUGAACCCCCCGGUGAAGUGCACCUUCUGGUAGCGAAAAGCGCACACGGCAGCCACGUGGAGCAUUUCGCGCCACGGUUCUGACUAUUUUUGUGUACCCUGACGUCGCUGCUAUAAACCCGGCCACGACUGUAUCAAAGCUACAGCAAAAACCGUGCAGCUCUAUGUUUCUUUUUUACGUCCUGUGCUACAACCGUCGCAAAGGGGGCACACAGAAUAAAUUUCGCUCUGUAUGAGCUCAUGCGCUUUGUGAA